AGGUACCUCACUGAAGAACAGCAGAGGAUUUUCACUGAAGAUACUGACUCUGAAAUGGAGGUGUUUGAAGGCUUCUCUUCAAGCGAGGUGGAUGUGAACAAGAAAGGAGUUCCGGUAAAGGCAGUGGUGGAGUUGGACUUGAGUGAUGAGGAACGUGAUAAUUUACUGGGUAGUGAGGAAGAAGAGGAGGAAGAGGCGAAGAAGAAAGUUUCCCCGAAGAGAAGAAGCUUUGGCCUUCGUGUUGCCUUGCAGUUUCCCAGCAGAAAGUCAUCUGAGAAAAAAGAGCCGGAACAGGGAUUUUCUAACUUACCUCUAAAGGACAGUGAAUCCCUCACACCUCUUUCAGAAGAAAUAAGUUGCAAGCAGUGGGACAAACUAGAGGGCUCUGCUUCAGAAUCUGAAGAAGACAUUAAAGACACACAGGAGGAAAGUUCCAGUGCGUUGCUUAAGAGAGCCAUGAAUAUUAAAGAAAAUAAAGCUAUGCUUUCCCAGCUGUUGGCAGAACUGAAUUCCAUACCUGACCUGUUCCCAGUGAAAACAUCCACCUUGACUCUUUCGAAACAGAAGAAAAUCCCAAGGAGGACAUUUUCUGAAGGCCAGAUAACACGUCGCAUGAAUCCAACCAGAAAUGCUCGUCCACCAGAAAAGUUUGCCUUGGAAAAGUUUACUAUGGCGACUGUCAAAUUUGCAGAACAUUUGCAUAGUUAUAGACAACACAACCUCCUGAAGAAGAGACUCAGCGUGGGGAAUUGUGGAGUGCGCAAAAGGAGGAGAUCAUCGAAGUAUUCGUGUCGCCGUCCAGAGGAUAUUACUGAGGAGGACUUGGACAACAUUGCAAUCACCUUUAAAGACAAAAUAUAUGACAAAGUUCUAGGUAGUACUUGCCACCAGUGUCGGCAAAAGACAAUGGAUACAAAGACAAUCUGUCGCAACCAGGGCUGUGGAGGAGUAAGGGGGCAGUUCUGUGGACCAUGCCUUCGAAAUCGAUAUGGGGAAGAUGUGAAGUCAGCACUGCUUGAUCCAGCCUGGGUCUGUCCUCCUUGUCGCGGGGUGUGCAACUGCAGCUACUGCCGCCGGCGGGACGGGCGCUGUGCCACGGGCAUGCUCAUCCACUUGGCCAAGUUCUACGGCCAUGACAACGUCAAGGAGUACCUGGAAAGUUUACAAAAACAACUGACGGAUGACAAUUGAGAACACUGAACUCAAGCUGUGCCUGCAACUGGUUAAUAUGUUGACAAAAUUUGACUUUAAAAGGUUAUUACUAUGUUUUAUAUAAGAUAGAAGUGUAGAGUAUAGUAUAUGCAUUUUUGUGUUGCAGUUUUUGAUUCAUGCGGUCUUAUGCAAAGAUCUCUCAGGAAAAUUUUUUGGUAGAGAAAUCUACAUGCACGGACCUUUAUGUUAAGUGAAAUGGCAUUCUUAAACCUUGAGUUGUUAAUUUUUAAUAGAGCUGCACAACCACACAAGGGAGAACUUGGUCAAUUUGAGCAAUACUUUUAUUUAUAUAAUUGUGCAAGUUUGCAGAAAGGGUGUUUUAACAACUACCUGUAAAGCAUACCCUGUCUUUAA